UAGAACCGGGAUACCAGGCUACGUCAUUGUACCAAAGCAAAAAGGGCAGUGCGCUCAUGUUCUUUGUUGUCGUUUUAAUUCUGGGGCCAUUUUCAGAAAGAUUUUUUGUAUUUAAAUCGGAUGAAGUAAGUAUAGGCCUAUUUUCACCUGAGACUGAAUAGAGUAAACUUGUUUCUCAGCAUGCUCAGGGAAAGAUCUGGCUUCACUUGAACCACCGUUGUUGGGAAGAAAACUGGUCGCAAAUUGCAGAAAAGAAGCACGCCCUCAUUCGUGUCAUUGGCAAUUUAUAUGAUUUGUCAAAAAGCUAGAGUUGAGUUGUAGGAGUAUGUCUUCCCAAAUGAGACGUGCAUUUUCAGGAGGACAUGGAAACGUUGGAACACCACCUCCGUCCCAUGGCCGCUCACAUUCCUCUUCAUCAUCCCAGCCAGUAGUUGCAAACUACCCAUCAUUCAAUGCAGGCAAGAUUGGGAGCCCUGCCAAAUCGUCGGGACAUGAGGCACGCAUCCCCAAGCCACCCAAGCCCCCAGAUAAGCCCCUCAUGCCUUACAUGCGCUACAGCCGCAGCGUCUGGGACAAGGUCAAGCAGGAGAAUGGGGACCUCAAGCUGUGGGAGAUUGGCAAGAUCAUCGGCCAGAUGUGGAGGGAGCUGCCAGAUGAACAGAAGCAGGUGUUCAUGGAUGACUAUGAGAAUGAAAAGCUGGAAUACACCAACAACAUGAAGAUUUAUCACAACUCACCAGCUUAUCAAGCCUGGGUAGUGGCUAAAGGAAAAGCAGUCCAACAGCAGCAAGAGCAGGAGUCCAAGGAGCCGCGACCCAAGCCAGAGCCCAGGAUGAGCAUCCAGCCGGCUGAAGACGAAGAGGACCAAGACGAUGGGUUCUCAGUCAAACACAUUGCGGCUGCCCGCUACCAGCGCAACCAUCGCUUUGUAAACGAUAUCUUCAGUGAUGCAGCCGUACCUGACCCUCGCUCAGUGGUGACUGAGGCCCGCAUGCAGGUCUUGAAGAGACAGGUCCAGUCCCUGAUGUUGCAUCAGAAAAAGCUAGAGAACGAGUUGCAACAGAUAGAGGAGAAACACGACUACAAGAAGAGAAAAUUCCAUGAAACCAGUGAACAGUUUCACUCAGCCAUGAAAAAGCUUUGUGAGCAAAAGGUGGAGAUAAAGUGGGAGGAGCUUCCUCCCCCCGACCUGCCACUCCCUCCUCCUCCACAAACUCCAAUGGGCAGCAUACUCAGCCAGGCCCUGCAGCGGCCCAGUAUAGCCCCGUCCUCCCUCCUGCCCACAUACCCACCACCACUGCAGCAGGUACCCACACAGGUGCAACCCACUGCGAUGCCUCCCAUGGAGGUGCAGCCGGGGUCACAGAUGGGGCCACAGGCAGGGUCACAGGCAGGGUCACAGACAGGAUUGCAGACGGCGUCGCAAAUGGCCGGACCGCAGAUCAGCCCCAGCCUUCAGCCCAGUGAAGUGCAGACGGCACUUACUGGCCUUCCGAAUGGGACACAAGAGCAGAAACCAGAAGAUACUCAGAAGGAAGAGACCAUGGAAGUUGAUGCACCCGUUGGGGAUUCCAAGGAAAAACCCUCCUCCCCGCCAAUUACUGAAAGCAAGGAACUGCCAUCCACCACUGGUGUAGGGGAAAAAGAAGAUCUUGACAAGAGCAGCCCAAACCUUGAUGGCCCUACUCAGUCCAACGAUGACAAGGAGAAGCCACUGCUCCCAGAACAGAGCGAGACCAGUAAGCCUAUGGGGGAGGAUGUCCCACUGUCUCCCCUGGAGGGGAAGGGGAAUGACAGUGAGGCAGUCACUUCUAAGGAGGUGAGCGCCGCUCUGGGACCCACAGAAGGAGUGUCUCAAGAGGAGUCAGAGAAGAAGCCUGAGGAUGCUGGAAGUGCAGGAGAUGUCAACAACAAAGACACGGGGAACUCGGGGGGAGAGGAUUCACAGAGUGUUGGGGAGAAAGACAGUGGAAAAGCAGAAGAGAAGAAAGAGGGAGAACAGGAAGACAAGAAUUGAGAUCAGCAUGCAAAACACUCGUUUUAGCUCAAAGUCUAGAUCAUGUAUGCUCAGCAAUGCCAUAACAGUUUUUGCUGUUGCUUGGUUAAACACCACAAAAACCUGCACCCUGGAAUAAUAGCUUCAGUUAUUGGGCUGUGGUUAACUAAAGCUGAUUGUGGCAUGUUAUUAUCUGUGUGAAGCUUCUGUUCACUUCAACAUGCUAGAAACCUGUUUGAAACAUAUUAUGGUUGAAAUAAUGCACAGUGGAAUUAGUAAACUUUUAUGGGGCCAAAGCCUCCAAGAAAAUAUGAAAGCCCAUUAUUGUCCUCAGAUGCCCCCUUAAAGGAAUCCAAUAAGUACACUUCCACAAUACUGGAACAAAUGCCCAUUUGUGCAAGGUAGAAUGGCCUGUUUUCUUCAAGAAUAACAGUCUAAGCCCUUUCUUCUUUUCAGUUUGUGUAUCUCAUGAGAUAUCACAGCUUCUGUGAUUUUUAAAUUAUUCAGUUUAGCUUUUUGCUGAGGGGGAGUGUCUUGCAGUUUAAGUAGGCUUUUUUAGCAGUUGCCAAAAAACAGCUAUAGGUGAUUGUGUUUCUAUUGUUACAUUUACAUGUAGGGGUAGUAUAUUUUGUUAUAUUGACAGUUUGGAUUAUAUGCAUUUUGAGCACUGUGUCAUUGGGUCGUAAAGGCUGCAAAGAUUUUUCCCUUGUCCUGAAGAAGAAAAUUUACUGCCGUACUUGAUUUUGGGGAAUUUCCUCAGGUCUUGUUCAGGUUGUUGACAAUUCAGACUUUUUUCUUCGGAUAAAGAAAGUGAGUGGGAGUGCCUAAAAAAUUUCACCUGCUGUAAGUCCCUCAGAAAUGCAGUGCUUCUAGCAUCAGCAUUUGUUUUAUAAUUUAAAAAAGCAUUUCCAGAUCUUAACUACUGUGUAACUUUCUCUUUGUCACGUCACCUUUGUGCAGAAAGUAAUUACAUGUACAUGUAUACCUUGAUCAUGAAAGCUUUGAAGCAGAGACAAAUCUGCUCAAAAGACAACUGGUUUAAUCUUAAUGCGAAUUAACUGCAUAGAAUUUUGCAUCUGAGACUUGUUGGAAAUAAACGUACUUGAGGCAUUGUCA